UAAUAAACAUUAAAUCGAGUAGGUUUCGAUAUCGACAAUCAAACAUUUUUAUAUUUUUACACUAAUCAAAAUGGAAGUAACAUCAGAACAUAGUAACGAUUUAGAAGUAAUAAAGAAAAUGGAAGACGAACACUUGCGCUUACAAAGACAGGUUCGGAUGAUACAAGUGGACAGACAAAACCGAAUCAUGGGCGUUCACCCGAAGUUCCGAAGACAAGAUCAGCUGCUAAGGAUCCUAAAAAAAGACUAUAAUAAUUUACGUACAGACUUAAAGAUUGCAAGAUCUGGCGCUCAUAAAAAGAAUGAUAAAAGAAUGAAGAACAACUUAGAAAGGGCUCUCUUACUUCACACAGAAACCCAGCAAGAAUGUGAUGAAGGAAUAUUUCUUAUGAAGCAAGUCAACGAAUUGUUGCUUCGUAAAAAGAAACAACUGCUGCGAUUCAAGAAAAUUGUUAACGCCAAUAAUGGGCAAUUGGAAGAACGUCGUCUCCUUUGUGAAAACCGUCUAGCAUCUACUGAGAAUAGACUGGAAGCAGCUACAUUAAGGUUUAAUGCCGUCCAGAGUGAGAAUAAGAAGAUUCGAGAAGAGAUCGAGCACAUGCUUAAAGAUCGAGCAAUAUUCAAUGAAGCAUGGACAAAAAUGCUGAAUGGUCUGAAACGAGGGAAGAAAUUCCUCACUGAUCUUUUCGAGUCCUCGACUCUUGCGUACGACCAGAGAGAUGAGUGGUGCGCGAAGCUACGCUCUGUGCAGGAGAAGGGGAAUCUGGAUCAAAUGGUUCAAGUUCAGGAAAUGCGUGACCUACAAAAAGCUUUUGAUCAUGAAAUGAAGCUCUAUAAUUUUUUGGCACGAAAAGGAGUGAUCCGUAUUAAUCGGAAGCAAGAGGAGAGGGAAGAGAAAAUGGAAGAAAAAGAAAAAGAAGAUUUGAAAAAAGAAUUUGAUGAACAUGUUAAAUUUAUUGACGAAAUAACGGAUUAUGCGAAACAGGAGGACAUAAACAAAAUUAUAGAUGAAUUCAAUAGAGUAGAACAAGAGAAUUUUUCGAUAUAUAAACUUCUUACUGACUUCUGCGCUGAGAAUGAAGUGCUAAGUCGAGAUCUUAAGAACAUACAGAGGGAUAUUGAGGACAGAAGAGAUUGGAACGAAAUGGUGGAAGAAAAAAGACAACGAAAACUAGAUAUACUGAGAAAAAAGUUGGCAGAGCAAACUCUUAAAACAGAAGAAAAGAGAAAUAUAUACAAAGAGAAGGAAGACCUUUUGAAGAACACCAUGGAAAGUAUACGGGAGAUAUUUAAUAUGCUAGAAUGCAGCCUGGAGCCAUUUGUCAAUCUACUUGGCGACAAGGAGCCUUCACUACACAGAUUGGAUAUGACCUUUCGUCUAAUAGCUGAGAAAAUUAAGGAGCACAUACAAAUUACGUAUUAUUAUGAGAGACACAUGAUCAAAAAAGGGGAUAAGAGUUCUUCCCGCCUCAAAACCUACACCAUCCACCCUCAGCCGCCGAGCUUCUGUCCAGGACUACCAAUAAACUUAUUAGUACCAGCUGAUCCUUGCCCAGCCUGCAUAGAAGCGCGCUGGCUUUCCCGAGUGACAGAGUCCCUUGAAACACCAUUUACCACUGAAAUGGCGUUAACAGCACUACAGGAGUUGGCUGAAGAUCCAGCUUUUGAAAGGAGUGACAGAAUCCAUCAACUCACUGACUGCAGGGUCCCACAAAGUCGAAAUAUUUUGGCGCGACGAUACUUACAAUACUCAUAAACAAAAGAUAUCUAGGCUACAGAUAAUCUGUUUAAUAAAAUUAUAUCAUAUAAA